AUGCGCCCGCCCAGCCCUCCGCCCGUCCGCUGGCUGUGCGUGCUGGCAGGCGCCCUCGCCUGCGCCCUCGGCCCCGCAGGUGGCCGAGCAGCCCAGCUGCAGCAGGAGUGUGACUAUCUGCAGAUGAUUGAGGUGCAGCACCAGCAGUGCCUGGAGGAGGCCCAGCUGGAGAAUGAGACCACAGGCUGCAGCAAGAUGUGGGACAACCUCACCUGCUGGCCAGCCACCCCUCGGGGCCAGGUGGUCGUCUUGGCAUGCCCCCUCAUCUUUAAGCUCUUCUCCCCCAUUCAAGGCCGCAACGUGAGCCGCAGCUGCACCGACGAGGGCUGGACACACCUGGAGCCUGGCCCCUACCCUGUUGCCUGUGGCUUGGAUGACAAGGAAUCGAGUUUGGAUGAGCAGCAGACAAUGUUCUACAAUUCUGUGAAGACCGGCUACACCAUCGGCUACAGCCUGUCCCUCGCCACCCUUCUGGUCGCCACGGCUAUCUUGAGCCUGUUCAGGAAGCUCCACUGCACGCGGAACUACAUCCACAUGCACCUCUUCAUAUCCUUCAUCCUGAGGGCUGCCGCUGUCUUCAUCAAAGACCUGGCCCUCUUCGACAGCAGGGAGUUGGACCAAUGCUCCGAGGGCUCGGUGGGCUGUAAGGCAGCUGUGGUCUUAUUCCAGUACUGUGUCAUGGCCAACUUCUUCUGGCUACUGGUAGAAGGCCUCUACCUGCACACCCUGCUUGCCGUCUCCUUCUUCUCUGAGCGGAAGUACUUCUGGGGGUACAUACUCAUCGGCUGGGGGGUGCCCAGCACAUUCACCAUGGUAUGGACCAUCAUCAGGAUCCAUUUUGAGGACUAUGGAUGCUGGGACACCAUCAACUCCCCAUUGUGGUGGAUCAUAAAGGCCCCCAUCCUCACCUCCAUCUUGGUGAACUUCAUCCUGUUUAUUUGCAUUAUCCGAAUCCUGGUUCAGAAACUGCGGCCCCCAGAUAUCGGGAAAAGUGACAGCAGCCCAUACUCGAGGCUGGCCAAGUCCACGCUCCUGCUGAUCCCUCUGUUUGGAGUGCACUACAUCAUGUUCGCCUUCUUCCCUGACAACUUUAAAACUGAAGUGAAAAUGAUCUUUGAGCUCGUCGUGGGCUCUUUCCAGGGAUUUGUGGUGGCCAUCCUCUACUGCUUCCUCAAUGGUGAGGUGCAGGCGGAGCUGCGGCGGAAGUGGCGGCGCUGGCACCUGCAGGGCAUCCUGGGCUGGAACCCCAAAUACCAGCACCCGUCGGGAGUCAGCAACAGCGCCACGUGCAGCACGCAGGUCUCCAUGCUGACUCGCGUCAGCCCGGGUGCGCGCCGCUCCUCCAGCUUCCAGGCCGAAGUCUCCCUGGUCUGA